GUGCUGCCGCCAGACGCCGCAAAGAUGAUCGUAGAUUUUGAUACCCACCUGCUCAAGGACGCCAACCAGUGGGGCGCGGAGGUGGAGCGUGGUCUCGAGCACAUCGGUUCCUACAUGGACCCCCGGCUCCGCUUCAACCGCCGCAGCUAUCUCAACUUCAUCGGUGACCUGUUCAGAGGUGGGCUCCUCGCCUGGCGACGGGCCGACCAAGUUCGGGAUCUCGGUAUUUUUGUACGAAAGAAGUCGGGCAAGCAGCGCCUCGUCGUCGACUGCAGGCGCGUCAACGCCAGCUUCCGAGAGUGCCCCCACGUGCCGAUGGGUUCGGGAUCUUCUUGGGCCGACGUCGUGAUGGACACGGACUCUGACAUGUAUCUCUCGCUUAGUGACGUGAAGGACUACUUCUACGCCUGUGGUCUGCCGUCAGGCCUCGAGAGCUUCUUUUGCCUCCCUGAUAUCACUGGGGAAGAGCUGAAGGUGGUCACCCAAGGCGAUCCCUCAUUUGGGUACUUGUGGGGCUCCGCGGCGGUCGCCCCCGCUAUGAGGGUGAUGCCGAUGGGAUGGACUUGGAGCUUCUUCUUCGCGCAGGACUUGCACGUUCACCAGGUCCACCAGAUCAGGCCCUGGGUGUCCGGCGCGCUCAUGCAGGACCGCGCCCCUCCGCCUCCUUUCAGGACGGGGCCCGAGCUGGCCCUGCCCUAUUGCGACAACUUUGCGGCGGCGGCCUCUUCUCCAGCCCAGGCCGACGCUCUCCGAGAAGAUAGCCAACGCCGGAUGACCUCGCUCGGCUUCGAGGUCCACGAGGAGGAGGCUGCCCGCCACUGGGCCGAGUCCUUGGGGUUCGCCAUCGACGGACUCACUGGCUGUUACACCUUCGCGCAGUGUCACUACCUCCAGCCGCGGCGGCUCUGGCGGACCGCCGCCGAGGAGCCCCGUGCUGCCGCCGCUCUGCUGCCCUUUGCGCGGGCCAACAUGCGGCGGCCCUGGACUUCGGAGGUGGAGGUUUUCGACGCUAGUCUUGCCGGUUGCGGAAUCAUGACAGCGACCCUGCCGAAGGAUGUGGUCUCUGAGAUCGGGAAGGUCGAUGAGAGGUGGCGCUACGCUUUCCAGUACGAACAACCUGGCGGGCCUCGUGAGCACGCCCUCCGUUCAGCUCCCCCCGUCGAGGAGUGUUUCAGCAACGCGGAGACCGUUCUCCCUCGCGAUUGGUCUCGGCGGCGGUGGCAGCCCGUGCAGGACUUCCCGGAGGUCCCAGCUUCCAUUUUCCAGGACUUCGACUGGCGCGAGUGCGUGGCUGGCCGCUGGAGAGACGAGGAGCAUAUCACCAUGCUUGAGGGACGCACAGGGCUGAUAUCUGUGCGGCGCACUUGCCGUUCGCUGCUCAACCGAGGCAAGCGACAUCUCAAGAUAGGUGACAAUCUGGGUAUGAUCCUUGUUUUUGCCAAGGGGAUCACCGCAGCCGCGAACGAGGUCUGGCCUGUCUCAAGCUUCGUGGAGGCUCGGGCCCGGGGCCGCCCGCGGCUGCUCGCGCGGGUGAGUGGGCGACUGCUGCCGCCUACACAGGCCAAACGGUCCCAUGGCGAGGCAUCAGCUGGUCUCCCACGGGGGCCCGCCGGCAGCCGCCCAGCCAAGGGGCCGCGGGCCUCGGGCGUGCUGCAGGCGCCGCCUCACCAGGCGUGCUCCGCCCCCCGCGAAGUCAGCCAGGGGCUGCCGCCCCCGACGCACCGCCGCCUGCCCUGGGCCGCCUCAGCUCGGACGCUGCCAGCCAACGCUGGCUGGAGCCGCAGGCUGCAGACCCUGGCGCGGCAGGCGCGGGCGAGGACCCGCCCGGCGGCAGUCACGGCGGGAGACCGCGAGAUGCAGGAGGAGCUCGAGCUGAAAGGGAUCAUGGACGAGGACGUAGACGAGGUGUGGGUGCAGCUGAUGGACCUGAUGUACUUCGAUGGGUGGCAGGCCGACCAGGGCGGGAAGCUGCUCGCGGCGGUGAAGCUCGGGAUCCCGCGCUUCUCCAGAGCGGGGCUGGGCGGCCUGCCGCUCGCGGCCCGCGCCCUCGGCGGCUUUCUGAAGGCCGCUCCCGUGGCCUGCCGCCUCGGCCUUCGGCAGGCGUGGGUCGUCGCGAACAUCGCGGCGAUGCUCUGGCGCGGGAGGCUGGAGAGCGCCCGCCGGGCGUCGGUGAUGCACGACGCGUACCUGCGCACUGGCGAGGCGACGCGGCUCCGGGCCGAGGACUUCGUCCCGCCGAUCGGAGACCAUCGCGGCCACGAGCGCGGCGUGCUCACCCUCGGCUCCUCGAGCGUCGGGAUCCCCACCAGGACAGGCGUGCUGGACGACGCGGUCACCCUGUCAGACGGGGACUUUCGGAUCAGCAAGAUACUGGGGCUCCUGAAGGACCAGCGGGCCCCGCACGAGGCCCUGUUCGUCACGAAGCCCGCUGCCGUCAGGAAGGACUUCGAUCAGGCGCGCCUCGACCUCGGGCCCGACAGGCGGAACCUCACGAGCUGCCAGCUCCGGCACAGCGGGCCGAGCCGAGACGCCCUUCUCGGGCGCCGCACGCUCCCCGACAUCAUGAAGCGCGGCAGAUCGGUGAAGAGGUACGAGAGGCACAGAGUACUGCAGAAAGCACUGGCCGGCAGCCCGAAGGAGCUACUCGACCUCGCCGCGGCUGCCGAGUCCUCCAUCGCAA